UUAUUUUCAAAUAGCUUUUUUUUCUCUCAUCUGUCUUGUCUUACUGUUGUCUUUUCUCAAGUGGAAAAGCUUUAACACACUCUCUUCAUAUACCCAACAUAUACCCAACAAAAGAAAAAAUUCUUUACUUUUGCUUUUUCAUGGAGUUCAAUCUGAAGAAAUGGAGAGAGAGGCAGCAGGAAUCAGAAGAAGAAGAACCACAUUCUGCAAAGUUACCAAGACUUCUCCUUGACCCUCAUCCACUACACCAGCAACAUUCUGGUUCAUCUGCAGUACUCCCAUUGUUUGUACCAGCUGAACCCACUACAAAUUUGUCAGCAUACCAUUCUGAUGCUACCAACAAAUUUCCCAGGAUGGAGAGUACCUUCAGCUUGGCCCAGUGGCAGGAAGUUGAACUGCAGGCAUUAAUCUUCAGACAUAUGUUGGCUGGUGCUGUUGUUCCUCCUCAACUUCUCCAUCUACUCAAAAAAAGUCUAAUAACUUCUCCUUCUCCAUAUUUAUUCUCCCAACAGUCCUGUCCCCAUUACCAGACAACUUUGCUCCGAACGGGGUACUGGGGAAGAGGAACCAUGGAUCCGGAGCCAGGCAGAUGCCGGAGAACUGAUGGCAAGAAAUGGAGGUGCUCAAGGGAAGUGGUGACUGGGCAAAGGUACUGCGAACGCCACAUCCACCGCGGGCGAAACCGUUCAAGAAAGCCUGUGGAAAAUUCCACAUCUGAAGUUCUCAAGACUACAAGUUUUACUCUUUCAAGGCCUUCACCAUCCAUGGAUCUUCUUCACCUCAAUCAAAGGCCUUCAGAAUCCAUAAUUGUCACAAAGGGUCCAUCCGAAGCCAACAGUGAUUGUAAAUCAGACGGCCAAACCCUUAGGCAUUUCUUCAAUGAAUGGUCUAGACAAGAAACUGGCAAUGCCGCUAGUCCUGUGGCUACGGCCACCAACUUGUCCAUUUCGAUUGCGGAAAACCCUUCAUCCGACUUCUCGUUGAAGCUCGCCACCGGGGAUACCAAUGACUCUGGACCUCAGGUUGUACACACCGAAAGGGAUAGGCAUCAGCUGAAUUGGGGCGCAACGUGGAGGACUAAUCCGGUGGCUGCAAUGGGAGGGCCGCUUGCAGAGGCAUUGAGAUCGUCUACUUUCCCCGACCCCAACUAGCGUUCUACGCAGCUACAUCCAUGCUCAAUAUCAGAUGUUAGCUAUAUUAGCAACUGAAAUGAAUUUCCUUUACACAAGAAUUUGUAACUUUUUCACUUGUCUUUUCCCUUUUUCCAUGAUUCUAUUUCAGUGUUUGUUGAGUAGUUAUACAUAACUGAGUUUUAUAGUGUAUUGAUGUGAUGUUUCUAAUGGUUUAAGUGAAAGAUAAUUGCCUAUUCAUGGUG